AUGGCGUCGCCGACUAUCCGGAGCUCCGAGUCUGAGGAGGUUUCUCGCCGUGUACGAGAGCUUUUAGCUUUGUGCUUCAGCUCAGUUGAAGCUGGAGGAUCUCAAGAGUUGGAGGGCUCGGUGAAAGAACUUGUAGACUGUCUGGAUUCAUUGUUCGAGAACGUAGCUUCAAAUUCCAGCGAUGAGCUGGAGACUGAUGAUGUUGUUCAAGUUCUAGCUGAAAUUUUGAAAUUUUUAUCAUCACCUCAAUUGGAUCAGGACGUGAUAGAUGCACUGUCGUUUGAAUUGCCAAAAGUAAUUUUCAAGUUUGCAGACUUAUCAAGCAGAUGUCUACAGUUAGUUGAGGAAAUCAUUGAUCGGCUUGUAGUAGCAUGCAAUCCCCGGGACAUGCUUUCAUUUCUUUGCGAGGCACUUGAUGCUGCACGGUGCUCUCUUUUGCCCUCCAGUUGUUCUACUCCUUUGUUACAUGGACUCUCUAAAGUGUUUAUUUUGGUUCAGAGGCGUCACUACGAGCAAUUAAAAGUGGCAGUGCCAGUUGUUCUGAACGUUUUGAAGGACAUGUCAUUGGAACCAGACGUGCAAGUUGAAGGUGUAUUUGAUAAGGCUCUAGCCAUUGCCGUUUCAAUUAGAGAUGUUUCUUUGAAACUGAAGAAGGAAGAAGACACAAAAGUUCGUUGUUUGCUUGGUCUCUAUGUGAUACAGAUAACGGCUAUUUUUUCAGUUCGCAUCAGAGACAAAGUGGCCUCUUUUGUUCCUCUGGUGGUGCAGUUGGAACCUUUCUUGACAUACUGUGGUUUAACACAACUUGGUUUGAUCACGGGGAACGACACUGAAAGAUUGAUGAGCACGGUUGCUGGAGGUGAUGAUGAUGAUGAUUUCCGCAGCUCUUUCCCUGACAUCAACUUGGGUGCAUCGCUUUUAUUCAUCUGGUCGAAGAUCUCACCUGAGGUUGCAGAUGUUGCAAAUGCGGCUUUGAGAAAUGAUGUUUCCGAGCUUCAAAGCAACCCAGUGAAAAGGUGGCAAGCUUAUGGGAUGCUGAAAUAUGUACUCUCUUCUGGAGAUCUGAUCUGGGAAUUCAAAAGACAGACUAUUGAGUUCUUGCUUGACAUAACCAAAGGAGUUACUCCAUCUCAAUGCAACGAUGAGCAAAUAGAUUGUUCGGACUACACACCUAGCAUCUACGCUGCUUUACAGGCUGUUACAUUAGUGAUGAUGUAUGCCCCAGAAGCAGCUCUGAGAAUAAAAACGUUUGAGGCACUGAAGAAGAUUGUUUCUGAUAUUCCAGCUCCUCAGAGAUUUGACAUUUUAAGAGCCCUUGUGACAAAUUCCCAGUCUCCCUCAAUGACAGCGAUCCUUCUGGGUCUACUUAAAGACAGCAUGGGCCGCUUGCAAGCUACAGAUCGUGCGACUGCUGAUACGCAUGUAAUUGAGCUGGUUGAGUUGGUCUUAAAGCCUCCACAGGGUGGUCCUCCACACCUUCCGGACCAGAGUGAUGCGGUUAUAGCAGCACUGAAUCUCUACAGGUUUGCAUUGAUAUUUGAAUCGACAGAUAAAGAGAGAAACAAAGUAGGCAGUGAGGUUUUGUCAAAGAAGAAUCUAGAGAAAGCCUAUAAAGAGUGGCUUUUGCCUCUUCGAAAUGUUGUGAGCUGCAGCAUCGCUAAGAAACUUGAGGAGGAUCAAGACCAGGAAUCAUCACUCGACACUGAAUGCCUUCUUGUCCCACUUGAAUCGGUUCUGUAUCGAUGCAUCGAGCUGGUGGAAGAAAUUUUGGAAAGUCACUAG